AUGGAGGAGAGUACUGAAAGAUCACUUAUCCGAGUUGAUUCCCAUCGCGAUUCUCAACCAGAGCCAGUUGAAGAUGCACACGGCGAGGAUGUUGUUUUGAAGGGCGGUAAGACGCGACCACGGCCUAUGCGUUUCGGUGUUCGACCACAUUAUUUCCUUCCAAAUGAUAUUGUUUGGAUUCGUCCCCCCGGUUUACCCUACUGGCCAGGGGAGGUGUUAGUAGCUGAUGUUAAGUCCAAUCGCAUCACUGCCCGUUUGUUUGACCCGCCACCUUCCCUUGUUUCCUCAGGUGAUGCUGAUGACGGGUUGAAACGAGAUUGUAUCACCGCUCCCGCUAGCGCCGUGUAUUUUUUUGACCGGCUGCGCACACCAGAAGAUGUGGCGGAUUGUAUUGAGCAACGGUUACAGCGCACAAAACAUAAGGUGGAUGCAUAUGAAGCAGCGUUCCAUCGUGCCGUAAUGCACGCAAAUCGGCUUGUGCGUAUCGUGCUCAGUCCAGAGAAACUUCAACCAUAUUCUAUAUGUGGUGUUGGGAUUGUCUACAGUCUUAUGCGAACCCACAUUUCGGCCCCACGACAACCACACACGGAAAACUUCAUGCCACAAACGGCAGUUAUUAGGCUUCGCGUUGGCUUAGAGAAUGCGGUGAGGGACCUUAAGGGUUUCGAAUACAUUUGGGUGCUUUUCUCUUUUUCCUAUGCUCUUCCUGUUGACGAAGAGUGCACGCAGGCAAAAGAUAGCGCCACUGCGGCGGAUGAUACGGGCGGUGUGAAGGGUGAUAGGGCAGAAGUUGCCGUCGGGGCGAAGCGCCAACGCCCUCGUCAGGGCGCGGAGCGCUCUGCUGGUUUCAAAACGAUGUUGGUCCCCCCACGUGAUAGUGAACUGCGAGGUGUAUUUGCCACUCGAAGUCCCCACCGCCCGAACUUUAUUGGACUUUCGUGCGUGCGUCUUGUCGAUGUGCGCGGUUUGGAGGUUCACAUUGCUGAUCACGACCUUCUCCAUGGCACACCCGUUCUAGACAUCAAACCUUACUUACCGUUUUGUGAUGCACAUCCGGAUGCGUAUGCCGGAUGGGUAGCGGAGUUGGAUGCAGCUGGCCGUGGUGGCUCUGACCACAAAUAUGACAAGCAGUCGCUGCAGGUGGAUCGCGUCUUUGAAGAGGAAGCAGUGGCGUGA